UCUAAACCGAAGACAGAUACAAAAAAAUAAUAAUCUGCUUUUUUGUGUCUAUCUUCGGUUGAAACCAGCAUCCGCAGUUUCCCCACUACACAUUUUGUCUGUUUAAAAGGCAUGUUCUGAGGAUUAUUAUAGUGCCAGCCCUAUAGUUGUGACCCAGAAGGGGUUAAUUAAUGUGUAUGUGUGUGUGUGUGGCUCAGCCCCCCUCUUCUCUCUGUAGUUGCCUGAUUAGAUGAUCCCAGCGCUCGCUGGCAGUACUGUGACUGGUGUAGUGUGUCGUAUGUGUGAGUGGGUUUUUUUUUAACAUGUCUCGCUGUGGGAUGUGGCUUGGUUGUUAGUGCUGCUGCAUGUGGUCGGCGGGGAGCUUCUGUUGUGUGUGUGUGAGACACACAGAGACACAGAGAGAGAGAGAGAGACAGGAGGGGAAGGAAGUACGUUUUUUUUCUCCCAGUGGUCGAUUACAACAAAAAACAAAAAAAAAAAUAAGUCGAGCGAAUCCAGCCAAAGCGAUUUGAUUGCGAUUUCCCCCCCAUUUGGAUAGCAGGGGGAUACAUUCCACCCCCCGCGGUUACUUUGUAUCUCUGAAUCGCAUGGACACAUCAUCGCCAAAGGCCUGUCGCAAAGCACAAUGAGACGUCUCAUUAUUUUUGUAGCCGUUUAAAAUCUACAGCGUUUUCCUUCGCCUGGCUCUGGGGUGAGCCUUUGCCACGGAGUGCCUUGCCUUGCCUUGUGUGUGUGUGUGAGAGACACUCAGACACACACACACACACAGAGGGACACAGAGAGAGGCGCACACACACACAGAGAUCAGGGGAGACGCGGCUGAAGGUCGCUAGCCGCUGGUUUGCAGAUCCGCCAGUCGCGCAUCACAGGGGUGCAAGUCGGAAGCAUGUGGACACUGGCGUGGCGACCCAGGGUGGAACCUUGACGUCCUCCGUUUCAACGUUUAAGUUUUAAACCCAGCUGUAAAGUUACGAUACAACUGUGGAGGUUGCCCGACGCUAGGACGCGGAGAAGUCCCGUGGAUCUUCGGAUGUCUCGGGAGGGACCACAAAUGGACGUGCCCUCGCUUGCCCGGGUUUGGCAGCUGGCUGGAUAUCGUGGGGCAAGCAGGGAGCAGCGGGCCGAAGGGCCCACCGCCGCCGCGACCUCGUAACGAGCAGGGAUAGCAGGAGGUGUGGAAAGGAAAGUUUGGCCUCGUGUUUCACGCUAGCUCCGGGGGGGAUGGAGCCUUGGAAAGUCACCUCAACCUCCCCGCCCUUGCCCAACGAGACCAAGACCUCAGUGACCAUGGACCCAGACAAGAGGUCACCCAGAAAGUGAUCGGACAAGCCUACACGAUAUCGGCUGGGGCUGUGUCCGUUGACUCUUCCGUUGAGUUUUAUUUUAAUUUCAGAGAGGGGGCUUUUUCCGUGUGUCCUUUGAACAUGACCCAUGGUGAAGACCUAUCCUCUGACAUGCACCAGGAUUCCGUUGUGUUAACGUACCUCGAAAGCGUCCUGAUGCGCCGCGCGGCCGCGGCCAAUGCCGGGGCCCCGGCCGACAAGAGCGACUGCGACGGGCGGGCCCGCGCCGGGAGUGAGGCCGAGGGGACGGCCCCUUCCUCCGCCGCCACCGCCGCCCCGGCCAGGGCCCCCCCCCCACCGGCCCCCUCCCCAAGGAGCGUCCCGGCGCCGAACCUGAAGAAAGCCCGGCUUCUGCAGAGCGAGGACUGGCACGGCGGCGCCCACAAGCGCAGGAGGGUGAGCGACCCUGAGCCAGCCCUGCAGCCCACCCACAGCACGCUGCUGGCCUCCCUGCUCCAGUCGUUCAGCUCCAGCCUGCAGGGGCGGGGCGUGGCGCCGACCCCGGAGAGCCCGACACCCUCGCCCGAGCAAGGGGGCGACGAGACGGGAGGUUGCGGGAGGCCCGGGGCUCUGCUGGACGCCCGGGGAGGAGGGGAGAGGUCCCGGUCCGGCAGUCGAAACAACUCGCCAGCCGCCGGCCCCCACUCCCCGCGACUGUCUUGCUCGGCGCGCCUGAAGGCGGUGGCCAGCAUGGUUGGCAAAGGGACGUUGCCAGCGCCAGGGCCCGGGGCUCCGAGCUCGCCCAAACCCAGCGCCGCCUGCAGCCAACUGGCCCUCCUCCUCUCCAGCGACUGCCAGCUCCAGCAAUACUCCCGGGCACGGACGCUGGCCCCGUCGGCGAGCCAGCGGCUGGCCGCCAUCGCUUGCAAGAAGCAGGUCGGGGCGGCCCAGGGCAAGGCGGUCACCCCUCCCCGGGAGCGGUGCCAGCGCUCGCCGGCUUCGCCCGCCUCUGCCGUGGGCACCGUGGCCGGCGGCGGCGUUGGUGGUGGCGGCGGCGGCAGCAGCUUGCUCAUGCACCUACUCAACUCGCCCAAGCUCCCGGCCACCAAUGGCCACAUGUGGGGGCCACAGGGCCAAGGGGGACCCUCUCCCAGGCGCCGCCCGCUGAAGGAGGAAGGGGAGGUGGGAGGGGGAGUCAACGGGGCUAGGGGCCCAUCCCCCCGUUCCACCUGCACCCCGAUGGACCUGUCCACCAAACCCCGGGCCUGCGACCCAACCACCCUGCACCCCGGUAGCCUGGAGCAGAUGACCGAGUCCCUUCUCUUCAGCUGGAACCCCAAGGUGCCUGGGCUCCGGGUCCCCGUGGCCAAGGUGGAGCAGGAGGAGGAGAGUGGUCCCGAGACCAAGAGCCACCACAAGGUCACCUUGCUCCAGCUGCUACUGGGACACCCGGACGGGACCCAGGGGGAUAGUACACCCGAGCCCAGCGGGGAAGCCCCCCGGCCAGCCACCUUGGCCAGGCGCCCCGCCCUCACGGAGCCUUUCCCCACCCCCGCCCCCGUGGCCGAGACCAACCCGGCCCGCAAGCCCCGCUCCCCCCACGCUGCCCGCCGCCCCCAACUCUUCCCCAACCCGGGGGAACCCCUAAGGAAGUCCCGGCCCCCGCAAGGCCCGGCCCCGGAGCCGGCCAAAGCCCGGCACUUGGUGGUGGAGCAGCCCCCCGCCCCCCCCCCCUACACCAAGCAGGUCUUCCCCACCCCGCCGGCCGGCCCCAGCACUCCGGCCACGGACAGCCGCCUCUCCAACUUCUCCUUCAGCGCCAGCAAGCUCCUCCACGACCUGGCCCGCACCGGCACCCUCAAGUCCCCAGACCCUUCGCAGAUGGAGGCCGAGGCCCGGCUCUCCGGCCCGUGUCCGUGCCCGUGCCCGCUGGAGGCCAAGGACUCGGUGGGCUUCCCUCAGAGUGGGCCGGAGCGGGCGGGAGGCCCUGACUUGGCCCAGCUCCUGGAGAGGCGCAGCGUCCUGCAGCUGCUGCUCCGCCACCCGGAGAAGGAGCAGGCCCAGCCGGCGGCCCAGGGCAGGCGGGGUGGGCCUUACGCCCAGACCAUCGCCGAGGUCAAAGUCAAAAUUGAGCCCGUGGACGAAGACUGCGACGCCUUCCCCAACGCCAAGUGCCUGCGGGAGACGGUCAAGUUGGAGGUGGAGUCUCCCGGCCCUCCUUCGCCCCCAGCCCACUCGGCCCACAGGGGUGGAGGUGUCCUCAGUCAGCUCCUGCUGCGCCACAGCGCCAGUCCAUCCGAGGCCUACCUCUCCGGCGCUGUGGAGAGCCCGCCUGCCCCGUCCCACCACCCGUGCCCCAUGACCAGGAUACGGCACCUGCUCCCCGCUUCCCCGCCCGAGCGCCGGGACGUCCAGAAGAAACCGGGCCGCACGCUCAACGGCCACUCCUUCUGCCCCAACGGGAUGUCCGAGCCGUCGGCCGUGGCCGGGAGCAACGGUACCGGCAGGGACCCGGAGCCGCAGCCGGAUCACCGCGGUUAUCUCAAGGACGCGCCGGGUUUCAACGUCCUGAAGCAGCUGCUGCUGUCGGAGAACGGCAUUAAGGUCUUGUCCCAGCACCGGGGCCUGCAGAACGGUGUGCCGGCACGGGAAUCGAACCACCAACACCAUCACCACCAACACCACCACCACCCCAAGCCGCCGGCCCCCGGACAGUUUUACGAGGUGAAAAUGGGCGGGAAGGAGAGCCCGGUGAGCGUGGAGCUGGCCAGGUACCCGGGGUCCGCCCGUCUCCCGCAGCCACAGAGGUCGGCCGGACUCCACCACGAGCCCCCCUGGCUGACCAAGGCCAACCCCAUCCUGUACUACAUGCUGCAGCGGAGCGGAGGGGAAGCCCAGGCCUUCGGUCUCGGCGAGGAGACUGCAGCCGGCAAAGAGAGGAGGGGGCAGCUACUCCGCGCCGAAGCACAGGGCCGUGCCGGGCCGGGCUGGGUGAAGCAGGAGCCCGAGGAAUCGUUGGCCUGCUUCAGGCCCCACCCGGGACAACCUCCCCUCACCCCGGGUCAAAUCCUGGAGAAAGUGGCCGCCAUCAAACGGGAGCCCGACUGAAGCGAGAGAGAGAGACGGCAAGAACGUUAAAUACAAAACCAGACACGCAGGCAAGAAGACAAUCUUGUUAUCAGGACCAGGUGUUGUGCAAUAUCCAUCCAGGUCAUCUAACAAGAGGGCAAAUGCCGCAUAUAUGUAUCAUAUAUUGAGAGGUUCAUUUAUAUAAUACGUAUAUCAGCACCAGCACACACUUCACUGGGUGGUGUGCCCGCGAUUGGGACUUGCAUCUGUUGGCAGGAAUGUCAAAAUAUUGGGAUCUACCCAUUUUUAUAUUAUAAUUUUAUAUAUAGACAGAUAUAUAUUAUGCGUGCACGCACACAUACACUCGCACACACACACACAGCACAUACACACAGAUACACACACACACACAUACACACGCACACACACACACGCACACACACACAGA